AUGAUGAUGGAUCAAGAUAUAAAAAUAAAAGAUAAGGAAAUGCUUAGGACAUAUAACUUAUUAGAAAAGAAUUAUCAUUUUAUGUUAAAGGAAUAUGACAAUUUAUGUAGUAUAAAUAUAAUAAAAAAUAAUAUAAUAAAUUUUCGAAUAGUAAAAAACUUAUUAACAAUAAAUAAUUUAAUAGAUCAAGUUGAUAAAUCGUUAUUGUUAAAUAUAUUUGAAGAAAAUGUAGAUAAUGAUUUAUUAUUGGUAUUAUCAAAAAACAAUUCGAAUUUCAUAUUAAAAUUAUUAGCUAUAUUUUAUAUAAAACUUAGUAAACAGAUAAAAUUUAAUAUUACUAAUCAUUUUAAUAGAAUAUUUGAUAUAAAUAAAAAUACCAGUAAUACAUCAAGUGAAUUGAAAAAUAUCCCUGAAAAUUUAUUUAAAAAUUCCAUUAUAUUAAUUUCGUUGAUCUUAUUUCAUCUGCCCGUAAAAUUAUCUUAUCACAUCCCUUCUAUAAUAGACUACUCAAAAAAGAUUCGAAAAUCUGACAACCUAGAACUAAAAUAUUUUUAUAAAAAAUGUAUCAAUUCUAUAAUAAAAUAUAGUAAACUAAAUGUAUCAGAAUGUGAUAAAAUUUUCAAAUAUUUAAAAAAAAGUUUAAAUGAUAAAGAUUUCUUCAUUCAGUAUAUUGCAUUGAAAUGUUUAUCAAAUUUGUUUAUUUUACAUCCAGAAUAUUCUCUUUUAGAAUAUGAAUACUUUAUAAAUCAUAUAAUAGAUAAUAUAAAUAUAAAUAAUUAUGUGAGUGUAGUAUAUUUGAAAUAUGUUAUAAGAUUUGUUAGCAUAAUAUUUUGCAACUGUGCAAAUGUGAAUUAUUAUAAUAGUAAAGAUAAUGAUGGAACUAACAAAAAACAUAUUGAUGAUACUUUUUUAUUUAAUUUAAAUAUUAUGAAGAAAAAAAAAAAGAAAUAUUCUGAUGAUGAUAUUAGAGAUGAAGAUUAUAUUGAUGAGAAAAAGAAAUCAUAUAAUGAUAAUAAUAAUAAUCAUAAUAAUAAUUUAAAAAGUGAUAUAAUUGAAAAUAAUUUUAAUGAUAAUAACAAUAUUAAUUAUAAUAAUAAUAACCAUCGUCAUAUUAAUAAUAAUGAAGAAAUAAAAAAGAAACAUCACUUUUUCUCGGAUUUCCUAAAAACAGCAACUGAAGAACUUGUGUCAAAAAUUAGUAAAAUAAAAACUGAUGAAAAAGGAGGUGAUGUAGAAAGUUAUAUGAAAGUUGAAAGUAUUGAUGGUUUCGUUUUUCAAAAUUAUAAUGAAUAUAAUAAGAAAAUAUUAAGAAAAAUGAAAAAUGUUUUAUUUAUUUAUAAUUUUAAUUCAUUCUUAAAUUAUUUUAAAAGCAUCUUAUUAAAUAUAUGUUCAGAUGUUCAUCAUGAUUAUAAUGAAUUGAAAAAGUUACAUUUUUUAAAUAUUUUAGAAAAAUUUAAUUAUUAUAAAAAAGAAUCUCAUCCCUUUUUAGAUAAGCAUGAUUAUUCAUCAUUUGUGAAUAAAAAAUCCUAUGUUAAAAAAUUUGAAUUUUUAAGAAACCCAGCGAAUGCAAAUAUAAUGAAUUUGACCUACAAUAAAGAAACAAAUGAUUAUAUUAAUAUAAUAUUAGAAUAUGAAAAUAAAUUAAUAAGAGAAAAAGAAUUCUGGUUAUAUAGUGAAUUAGUACCAUUAACUGUAGAAGAUAAGAAUGCUAACAAAUUUUAUACUACUUUAAUAAGAAAUACAUUAUUAAAAAUUAUAUUUUUUGAAUCAUUUAAAAAAUGUAUUUUAUUUUCAAAAAAGUUUAGUUCUAAAUCAAUUAUUAAAAUUAUUGAGUUCUUUAUAUAUAUCCUAGAUUUUUUAUGCUCUACAUGUGUAAAGAAUAAGAAUGUUGGAGGGGUCUUUUAUACUGAUAAUAUAUCAAACAGUUUUGAGAUAAAGUAUUGUAUAUAUUACUUUACUAAAAUAAUUAAGCAGUUAAUUAAGCAGAGGAAAAAGGAUACCUAUACAGUUGUGAAGGAGAAAGAAAAUAAGGCAAGGUUUGAAGAAGCGAAUAAGAUGUAUCCACCUCUUGAAGAAAAUAUAAAUAAAAAUAAUGAUAUUAAUAAUGAUGAUAAUAUUGAUGAAGAUGAUAAUAUGGAUGAUGAUGAUAAUAUGGACCAUAUUGAAGAUGAAGACAGUAUUGAUAAUAGUGACAAUGUUGAUCAUAAUGAUAAUAUUGAUAAUAUUGAUAAUAUUGAUAAUAUUAAUAAUAAUGACAAUAAGGACGACAAUGGUGAUAAUAUUUGUGAUGAAAAAAAUAACAUAAUAGAUAAAGAUAAAAUAGAUAAUGUUGAUAAUUCUAGUGAUUCACAUAUAUCAAAUAAUUUGCAAAAUCAUUCCCAUUCAUCUAGUGAAUGUGAGGAAAACCUAUCCAAACAAAAUAGCCAACUUUCUAGCACAAAUAUUACAAACGAUACGCAUAUAAAAGAAGGGGACGAAAAAAAUGAACAUAUAUAUGAAAAUGAUUCUAAAUGUAAUAAAAAAAAUAUUAAUGAAUAUACAAAUAAUAAUAAUAAUAAUAAUAUUAAAGAUGUUAAUAAAAGCAAAAAAAAAAAAAAUCAAACAAAUACUAAAUCUACAAAUAGCAAAACAAAAUAUAAUAAUUUUUUUGGAGAUUAUAAUUCAUUUUUGGGUAUGAUGCCAUUUUAUAAUAAAGAUGAAAAAAAAGGAAACAUAAAUAAAGAUGAAAAAAAAGGAAAAAUUAAUAAAGAUGAAAAAAAAGGAAAAAUAAAUAAAGAUGAAAAAAAAGGCAAGAUAAAUAAAGAUGAAAAAAAAAGUAAAAAAAUUAAGAAAAGUAAAUCUAAUAAAAGUAGUGAUAAAAAAUAUGAUAAUAGCAAAUAUGAAGAACCUAAUAAUAAUACAUCUUUUGAAGAAAGACAUAUUAGAAUAUUUCUGGAAAACAAUGUAAAGAAAUAUCUAAAUCUAAAUAAUGAUACCAAUUUAGAUAUAAAUGAAAAAAAAAAAAAUGACAUAAUAUUAAAAGCGUUAAUAAACUUAUAUAAUAAAGUUAUAAUGAAUCAUAAUAUAAAUGUAGAGAAAUAUGAAAAAUAUGAACGCUUCCUGAAACUUAUAAUAAAUAAUAUGAAUGGUAUAUAUAUUGAUAUAGAUUUAUUAAAACAUAUUAUACAAUUAUUUUUAAAAGUAUAUUUAAAAUUUCCAUGUUAUAUUUAUAAUUUAAUAACAUUAUUAGUAAAUUAUAUUACUAUAAUUAAUGCAAAUUUUAUGACUUCAUUAACAUUAAAUACAUUUGACGAUAUAGAAAAACAAGUAAGUAUAUUAAUUAUAAGUUCUAUAUCAUUAAAUAAAAUAUUAUAUUUCUCUUUCCAACAUUACAAAAUAUAUCAUUUAAAUAAUUUAAUAUAUUGCAUAUUUGAUAUAUGUAAAUUAUUUCUAUCAAAAGUACAAACACAUCCCUUAAAAACUAUAAACGAAUUAAGAAGAAUCAUAUCUUUUUUCUUAAUAUAUUCUAUAGUCUUUUCAAUAGUAUAUGAAGUUAAAAAUAAUGUAUGUUAUACAUAUCAAGAUAAUAAAAUGUUGGCCAUGAUAGAUCAAGGUACAGAUAUAAAUAAAAAUAUAGAUAUAAACAUAUCCUUUAAUAAUAUGAUUAUUUAUGAAAAGAUGAAAAAUUAUUUUAUUAAUUAUGAAAUAUUAUAUAAUAAUACACUUUUUAAAUUAAUACAAGAUAUACUUGAUGUAAUGAUCAAUGAAAUUGAUGAAGAAAAAAUUCAUUAUUUCAUAUUAUCAUAUGAAGAACAAAUGAGUAAGAAAAAAAUGAAUUCCUAUAACUUUUUUAUAGUAGACAAUUUUUUUAUUUUUAUAUAUAUAUUAAAGAAUAUUUAUGUUAUGUUAUCAUCCCAUAUGUUAACAUUUUUAUUCUUUGAUCAUAUAUACAAUAUUGUAAGUACUCUAUUCAAUUUUUUUACAAAAAUAAAUGAAAUAAGAAUAAAAUAUAAUAGUAAGACGAACAAGUCGUGUAGUAACAAUAAACAGAACAUAGCUGAUAAGGGAAAAAAUAAUAAUGAAAAGAAUAAUAAUAAUAAUAAUAAUAAUAAUAAUAAUGAAAGUAAUUAUCUUGAUAAUAAUAUUUAUACUUUGGAAGAUAUAAAAAAACAUAACCAGAUAAAGAAAAAAAUUUCAAGAGAACAAAAAAAACGUUCAAAAAGAAAAAAGACAGUUCCUAAUUACUUCAAAAAGAAAUCUAGCCAUUUUUAUUUUUACGAACAUGGUUUCACACAAAUAUGUAGAUCAAUAAAUAUAGAAAACAUUUUAUUAAUUUUUUUAAUAUAUACAGUAAAAAUAUUUUAUAGAAUUAAUAAAUUUAUUUUAUUCAUAAAUAAAUCAUAUCAUACAAAUGAGAAUGAAAAAGUGAACCAAGUCUCAAUAAGUUAUAUCAAAUCAGAAAAUGAAAAAAAAUGUAGUGAACUUAAUUAUAAAAAUAAUAAUAUUACAUUAGAGGAAUGUAAUAAGUAUAAAAUAUAUUUAAAAAAGGAAAAUAUUCAUAAUAACAUGAAUAAAUUAUUUAACAUAUUAGACGCUUUCACAAAUGUAAAUACAAAUGAUGAAUUAUAUUUUGAUUUUUUCAUAUCUGUGCUUAUCAAUUUUGUUAAUAAUAAAACUAAUUUCGAUGAUUUGAUAAUAAAUACGUUAAUAAAAGAAAAAUGUGUAACUAAGUCUAGAGAAAAAUAUUAUUUAAAAAAAAAAAAAGCGGAUCAAAAUAAAUAUAUAUGGGGAUAUUCAAAAGAAUUAGAAAUAUUACAUAUGUUAACCAAUAAUUAUGAUACAUAUUAUGACAUAGCAUUGAUCAGUUUUGUAUAUCUAAUUGAAUUAUAUUUAAAAAAGAAAAAAAUAGAAAAAAAUAUGAAAAAUAAAAAAUAUAAAAACACAUAUAUUUAUUUUAAUAAAAUUAUGAAAUAUAUUUAUAGUUGGGAUAUAAAUAAAAAGGAAAAUAAAAAUAUAUUAAUAUUAUGUUUAUACAUAUUAGAUAAUUUUUUUAACAAAAAAUGUUUUUAUAAAAUUAACAUGAAAGCAAAGUUUUUUAAAAGCAUCAUGCCACUGUUUAAUUUAUUAAGUGAUAAUUUUAAUCAACAAGAAUAUUAUCUGAUAAAUUUUUUAAUCAUAAAAAUAUUAACAUAUUUUAUUGGAUGUAAUGAAAAUAUAGAUACAUAUAUAUUUAGCUAUAUUAUGAAAUUAUAUGAAACCUAUUCUUCUUAUAUUAUUAAAGAAAAAAAUACAGAUUUAUAUAUAUUCAUUUCUAUAUUAAUAAAAAAUGUAACAUUGUCAUAUCAUAAAUUGAAAUAUACAAAUUGUUUUAAUAGAAAGAAAUAUCUUAAAAAAAUUAAGAAAAAAAAAUUAAAUUAUUUCCCAGGUUCUCAUAAUAUAAUUAGUAAUAAAUUAAGAAAUGACCAUUCUAAUUUAGAAAAUGUUGAUAACGAAGAAAAAAGGAUUUGUUGGAAGUGUCAAGACAAUGAAAAAUAUGAUUAUAUAAAUAAUUCGCAGAAAUAUGAUAGUCUCUUAUUAUCAAUGGAAUGUAUAACUACAUAUUCAAAUAAUAUAUAUGGUAGUGUGAAUAAAAAAAAAUUACCAAAUAAGGAACACCAUCAAAUACAUUCGAAUGAACAAAUGGUCGAAUUAACUUCAAAGGAUUUUAAAGGAUGUACAACAAACAAUAAUUAUAAUAAUAAUAAUAAAUUAAAUUUAUCGCCACAAGCAUAUAAAAAUAAAACAAAAGAUGAAAUACUCCAUUUAUUUGAUCUUUAUGUAGACAUUCUAAAAGUAAUACCACAUAAUAAAGAUAUUUUCAUAAGAGUUUUAAAAAAUUUCAAUUCUAUAAUAAAAAGAAUUAAAAAUCAUAUUAAUGUUGUAAGAGUUGAAAAAUGUUUAGAUAUUGUAUAUGCAUAUAUAUUAAAGAGAGAAAAUGUUAACUCUUUUAACUUUAGACUUACAAGAGGUAAGUAUAUUAUAAGAUUAUAUAAUAAUAUAUUAAAUAUAUUGAAGAGGAUAAAACAUGAAAAUGGAUAUAAGAAUAAAAUGAAGAAUAAUUAUAAUAUAAAUCAUCAACAUCAUCAUAAUAAUCACACUCGUAAUAAUCAUAAUCACCAUGAAUAUAAUAAUUAUCAAAGUACAAAUAUCUCCAAAGAAAUUGAUAAGAAAUUAUUGUGUAUAUUAGAAAUAUUUUUAAUUUCAUAUGAAAAAAAAAUAAAUCAUAAUCUUUUUAAGACAUUCAAUCUUUUAUUCGAUGUAAUAGAUGUGAUAGAAUUAGAAAGGUAUAAGUAUAUAAUAUCAACAAUUAUACAGAAGAGCAUAUUUUUUGGAAAUAUUAGAAUAUUAGAAUGUUCAAUUAAAUGUUUAUAUAAGUUGUUUAGGAAAAAUGUGAUUAUACCUUUACAUGAGAAUUUUGAUUACUACCUUUUAAUAAUUCAUAAUUUUUAUAAUAAUAAUAAAAAAAUAUAUAAUAAUAUAAUAGCUUUAUUAAAAUGGAGAAUAUGUAUAUAUGGAGUUUUUAAUAUAAAUCAAUGGGUUAAAUUAUUUGAAAAUGUUUUAAGUGUAAAAAAUAUUUUUAUAUAUGACAUAAUAAAAUUUAAAUCGAAGGGAACGUUUUCUAAGUUUGAUUGUAAGAAUAGUGUAAAGAAACAUUAUGAUCAAAAUUAUAUGAAGGAAAAUAACUUAUUAACAAAUGAUACAGGAUAUGUUGAAAAUAAUAAUAAUAAUAUUAAUAAUAAUGAUUUUAAUAAUAAAUGUAAUAAUAAUAAUAAUAAUAAUAGUAGUAGUAGUAGUAGUACAUGUUGUGGGUUUACCUUUUAUACGUCUUUGUUUGAUGAACAUUAUAAUUUUAAUAUUCAUAUAAAUUUAAAUAAAGAAAAAAUUGCACAAAAUAGUUGUAUGAAAAAUAAUAAGUCAAAAUAUUUUUUUAACCUUUUUAAAAUGAGGAAAAAUGAUAUUAUCUUUUCUGACAACACUAAAUAUUUGGUUAUGAGUUUGUUGUACUUUUUUUUGAAUAGAAUAAGUGUAUCUUCUCAUAUUUAUGUUCAUAAUGAUUCAUAUUUCUCUAAUUAUAUGAAAAAAGUGUUGAGAGACCGUACUAUUUUAAAAGUAGAACGAAAAUUAGCUAUUAACAAAUCUGGAAGUGUAAAGAAAAUUGAUAAUCUUAAUAUAAAGAAUAUAAAAGAUAAACAACAUAGUAAUACAUUUAAUAAUAAUAAUUUAUAUAGUAGUUUAAAUUCAGAAGAGAUGGAUAAAAAUUAUCAUCAUAGCAAUGAAAAUGUUAUACAAAAAAUUAAUUAUAUAGAACUAAUUUUAAUAGAUAAUAGUAAUAUUAAUGAUUAUAAUAGUGAAUAUAAUAAGAAUAGUCUAAUAGAUGAAACAAAUUUUACAAAAAUUAAUUUGGAGUUUAUAUUAGAUAAUUGUACUUUAUAUACAAAUUUCGAAUUGUUAUUAAAAAUAAUUUUAAAUAAUAUAAAUUAUGGAAUAAAACAUUAUAGGUUAUCAAGAUUAGCUAUAAAAAUAUUGAUUGUAUAUUUAAAUAUAUUUAAGUCUUCAAAAAUUAUAAUCGAUGAAUUUUCAUCCACAAGUAAUGAAAUAAAAUUACUUACGAAUUAUGAAAUAAACAUAUUUACUUCUUUAAAGAUGUAUUAUGAAUCAUUUAAUUUUAUGUAUUUAAAUAAUAAAAAAGAUAAUUCACCAUCUCAUAAUAAUAAUAAUAAUAGUAGUAGUAAUUUUAAUAUUAAUAUUAAUAAUUACCCUUCAGGUAACCAAAAUAAUAAUAUUAAUAAUGAUCAGAAUGAUAAUCACAAUAGUAGUAAUAUUAUUAUUACAAAUAAUAUUGAUGGGAAAAAAAAAGAUCAGAUACAAUUUUCACAUUUUUUUCUAUACCCACUUAUGGACAUAUAUAAUUUAUUUCUAUUCUUAAAUGAUAUAAAAUUAUGUAACUCACAUAAUAAAUUUGUGGAAUAUUUUUUCUAUUUUGCAAUAAAAGAACCAAAUGAAUAUCGUAAAAAAAAACAACUUACAGAUAUGCGACAUUCUGAAAAUAAUAAAUUAAAUCAUAAUAAAAAUCUUCAUAUGAAUAAAACAAAUAAUAUAUAUAAAAAUGUUAAUGAUGUAGAAGAAGUGGAAGAUAAAGAACAUUUUUUAAAUAGCUCAUCAUUAUUUUUCUCAGAAUUUGACUCUUGUGUAUAUUUUCUUUUUACAUAUAAAUCUUUCUGUUAUUAUAUAAUAAAUAAUGAGAAAUGUCAAAAUAACCUAUCUCAAUAUAAUUUAAAGUUUAUUGUAAGAAAUAUAAAUUAUAUAUUAUUUGAUUCUAUAAUAUUAUAUUUAUGGUCAUUUGAUUAUAAUGAACAAAAUGAUAAUAAAGAUAUAUUAAAUUAUAAUCAUCAUAUGCAUAAAUUCUUUACUUGUGUAAAUGAAAAAUCAAGAUCUUUAUCUAUUUUUUAUUUUAACGCCUUUCCUGUAUUUAUACAAUUUUUAAAUAUUAUCAAAUCAUAUGUUACGUUAAAUAAAAGAAAUUAUUUACUUUUUAAAAUAUUUAUUUCUUUUCUAUGUUAUCAUAUAAGGCAAUAUCAUGACAUGUUGAAAGAAGAAACCAAAGAAAUAUAUUUGAAAUUUAUUUAUAAUUAUUUAAUUCUUAUUGAAUUUUCAUAUGACCAUGACAUGGAACAAACAGAAGAACAAAAAAUCCAAACAAACGGUAGGAUAAAUCAAAAUGAGAUUAAAAAUAACGAUUGUGAAAAUGAUGAAAAUAGCCACAAUGAAAAAGACCUUAACAUUUGUUCUAAAUCUACAAUUAAUAAUACAGCGAAUAAAAAUAAAAAACUAAAAUUUUUUAAAAUUGUGUUAGAUUAUAUAUUAAGCUAUUUAGUAAAUUUUAUAAAUAUUAAGAAUGUUGCAAAUGUAUUGGAAGUGAUGCAAAUAGCUCAUGAGAAUUUAUUUACAAAGGAGGCAAAUGAAAUAGAUGAUAAUAUGUUAUGUAAUAUGUUCACAUUAAAUAUUUAUAUUAUUGAUAAAUUCUUAAAUAAUAAUUAUAAAAAUGAAAAAGAUGUAAUAAUACAUUUAUUAUGGAAAUCAUUUUUAAAUUCAUUUAUCCUUUUAGAAAAAAUGAAUGAUUUAGAAAUCAAAGAAAAUGUAAAGAACUUAUUAAUAUAUUUAUUUUUAAAAAAAAUGAAUAUGUUAAAUGACGAAAAAUUAUCAAGUAAAUUACUUAAAUAUGCAUUCCAGUAUUCAUCUAUAUAUGAUUUGAAUAAUUAUUUAAAACAAAUGAAAAAUGAAGAAAAAGAACAAAUAAUAACUAUUCUUUUUACAAAAGAUUUAUGUAAGCUAAAAUUAUUUUAUAUUAAAAUAAUUGUAUUUAUACAUUAUGUUAAUGCUUGUGAGAAUACAUUAGAUGCAGAUACUCAGAGUUAUUUUAGUCAAGAAAUUCUGCAAAUAUUUAUAAAUUUUACAAGAAAGUUGAAGAUAAUAUAUCUAUAUAAUAAUGACAUCCAUAUAAAACAUGAAGACAAAAAUUUAAGAAGACAAAUGGUUAAUUCUUCUAUAAAUAUUAUACAAAAUAUAUUUACAUUAAUAAAAGAAAAAGAUGAAUCCCUUAUAUUUUAUUUUUUCUAUAAUUUGAUGAAUCAAGAAAAUAUGCUCAUACCUUUAAUUACUACAAAGAUAUCAAUGAAAGAUUCUUUUGAAUAUUAUACGUUUUUAUCAGCACAUUCUUAUUUAGAAGACAUUGUUUGUUAUUCUAUUAAAAUAGUAGGUAUAUUUUUUGAAACAUUUUUACAUAAGAUGGAUUUAUUAAAAAAAGUGUUCAUCGCCUUUGUUACUUAUAUUUAUAAAAUGAUUUCAUUAUGUGAUAAAGGUAAUAUUACAAUAACAAAAAGUUUCUUAGUAUAUCCACAAGAAAAAGAAGAAAGAAAAAUAACCAAGUUCUUAAAAGAGACGGAUUAUUCUUCUACAUAUAUAUUUGAUAAUCCUGACAAGUUUGAAAUAAUAACCAAUAAUAAUAUGACCAUAUAUUUUAAAGAAGUAAUAGAAAUUUUUAGAAAUAUGGCAUUUAAAAAUUCUAAUCUCUUUAAAGAAAUGAUACUUCAUAUAGGUGCAGAAGAAAAAAUAUUGAUAUAUACCUUAAUGAAGGAAUCGAUAGAUACAGAAAAAAAAAAUGAGGAACAAAAUGAAGAGAAUACUGAAAAAUUGGAUUUCAGUUUUGUAAAUUGA